ACAAAUUGGAAUAUGGCGGUAUCAGCGCUGUCAUUCCUUCGCAAGGAUCAGAAAUCAAAAGAAUUAUCUGAGAAAGCUCCAAAACCAACAGGUUCCACGUUAGAUUUUCCAGAGUCCAUUGAUGAUCAGGCACUUUGACAGAUUUUGGUAAACAUCACAAAAGAAAUCCCAAGCAACCAAGAUGAAGAGCAGAAAGAGAGGACGACCUCCUGCAGACUCUUCUGACAAGCCUGCAGCUAAAAAGGCUGCAAUCAAUUCCCCCACUCAAGGAAAGACCAGAGCCACUUCCAAAACAGUGCAGAAGCCUACGGUAAAGAAGACAGUGGUAAUCAAGAAAGUUUCGGCUCCCGCGAGGAGCAAGAAAUCUAAACAGACGGAGUCCAGCCGGGUAAACCAGAAGAAACAUGCUCCAAAUAAAAAGAAAACUCUUCCAAUCAAGUUCAGUGGAGCCACGGGGAAGUCCUCGAGUGCAGAAUCUGCUGAGAGAAGAGACCAAACAAAGCAGGAUGAAGCAACUACUGAAUUAUUAUCUGAGCCAUCAAUUGAAAUGGAAGAUGAACACAAUUACAGCAAAGAUCCUAGAGAUGAACUGAUGAAAUUGAACCUGCUGAUUUAUGCCUGCCCUGUAUGCAAGAAAUAUUCCUUUGAUCCUCAGCAGAUGACCAAUCAUGCAAGGACAGCACAUGAGGGCAAAGUUGGUGUUAUGCUUAUGUUGCCGCUUCCAGACGUCAAGUUACCCAAAAUUGCAUCCCCACAAAAACAGCAAGUAUUAGCAUCACCUCCGCUGACCAGGGUUGUAAGCCCGACUGCAGAGGGAAACAAGACAAUGUAUGGCUGCGACAAGUGUGAUAGACAGUUUGAUCGUGCUAGACAGAUGAAUAUGCACAGAUGCCUCCAGAUGAGCAAGAGGAAGUCAUCGCCCCGCAGGGGAGAGGAAAGUACAUUAUCAAAAUCUCCUAGUAGAGCAGAAGAAAUGUUAACGCUAAUGACUCCCAAAGAGAACAAGAAAGAGUCAGAAUCAGAAACAGUCACAUCUCACCUUGUCAUUGUUGAGAAUGAAGCGACAAACUCUGAUAAAAUUAAAGAAAGUGGGGUGGAAGAUGGGAAGAAAAUUCCCCCCAUACCUCCCAAGACGGCUACUGAUCUUGUUGACACUGAAUCUCCACAGCAGUUUGGAGACAGCCCUACCAAAGUAAGGAGCUUUGAAGAGGAUCCCAUGGAUAAUGGCAUUGAUGAUGAUGGUGAUGAUGAUGAUGGUAUACCACCUACACUAGGUGUCCAUCUAAGUAAAGACAUACCACCAGAGGACAGACCUGGCACAUGGAAACUCUGCAAAAGAAAACAUGUGACAGGGUGGAAGUGGGAAGCACAGAAAGUGACUGAUGAAGAGAUGAAGCAGAUAGCUGAACAGGAAAAUGAGAAAAGGGAAAUGGACAUGAUUGAGAAGGAGAAGAAUGAAAAGGAGAAGAGCGAAAUGGAGAGAAAUAAGGAGGAGAGUGGAAAGGAGGACAGUGAAAAGGUAGAAGGUGAAAAAGAGGAGAGCAAGAAAGAGGAGGAUGAAAAGGAGAGUGGAAAGGAGAAGAGCAAAGAGGAUAAGAGCAUAGAGGAGAAUAGUGAAGUUGAAGAGACCCACAAUCAGAUAGAUAAGAUAGGCAGUCAGGUAAAUAUUCCUUCUACAGUAUUGGGAGAAGAUGAUGAUUAUGAAUUUUGUGAAGAUGAUUAUGUAGAGGAUAACGAUGAUGAUGAACCUGUUCCAUUUAUACACAACCCAGAAGUGGGAAAGAAAAUUGACCCUGAUUCAUUAAUUGGCAAGUACAAAGCGCUAUCCGAUAUACUAGACGAUGAUAUGAUGAAACAGUGGGCUAACAAGGAUCCUCCUACAGUUGAUGAGUUAAACAAAUAUAUCAAAAAAGUACACGGUGGACUACAGAGUCCUAAUGGGGAAGCUCUUGAUUUUUUCAUGUGUCUUAUAUGUCGCAAGGUGUUCAAGACUAAGAAUGUUAUGACUCCUCAUAUAUUUUCUCACAUCGGAUAUCGUCCUUACAUGUGUGUGCAGUGCGGAUACAGUUCUACUCACAAACGUGGCUGGACAACUCACAUACAGAAACAUAAUGAUCAUGAACUCAAAUGCUGGCAUGGCCAAUGUGUUUAUGUUGGGAAGGAUGCAGAGGAUCUGGAUGAGCAUAGGAAGACCCACGCUCCAUCCUUACGUUGCAUUCUUUGCGAUGUUAAGUUCAAAGGUCAAAGCACCAUGCUUGGUCAUCUGUACAUCAGCCAUCGGGAGGAAAUCAGGGAAGGAAAAGGGAAAGAAUUCUACACAUUAAUGGCCACAGCUGGGCGAGCAAAGAGUCAGAUUGUUCUAUUUGAGUGUGAUAUUUGUGGACAGAAGUGCAAGACAAAGAAAAGCUACUACACUCAUAUAAGAACGAAUCAUGCCCAGCAAUCUGGCUCAAAGAAAGCUAAAGGACGAAAGAAUAAAAAUGGAGAAAAAAAGAAGAGGAAGAGGAUGAAGAAGCGCUCAUCUUCCCGCAACUGUCCUAUGUGUGGAAUGGCAUUUGAAGGUGAAGUAAAAUUGACACGUCACUUGAACACGCAUCCUUUUAUCUACCGUUGCUCUAUGUGUGAAGAGAAGUUCUUGACAUAUGGCGCACUUAAUGAGCAUGUUGGGUUCCACAGGGCUGAUCAGGAAGGAGAGUUCAACCCUCAAGACAAAAUCAAUGAGAGUCUACGAAGGAGUAUCUACUUGGCUGGGCAGAUGGAUAAAGCACUGGAAGCAGACAAGGUGCAAUGGGCGCAGCGCAGAACUGGAGCAGAAGCACCUAAGAGUGCGAUGACAGGCUCCAUCUUUGAUGAUUUAAUGUCAAAGAUCAGUAUUCCUACUGAAAUUGUAAGCAAAGAAGAACUAGAGGAAGUUGGGGAAGACUUUGUCAAUCUGAAUUACAAAAAACUGACUCCUUCCAUAUUACGAUAUAUACAUUUACGCUUUGGGAAUGUUGAAUGUGGAGUUUGUGGGAAACUCUUCCCAAAGGUUGGACUAUGUAAGGAUCAUACUAAGAAGCAUACAAAGGUAAAGGACUGCAAAUGCCCCCAUUGUGAUUUUCAAGGUAAAAAUAAGAAAGCUCUUGAAAGUCAUUUGGCCAGGGUCCACAAUGAAGGUGAAUCGUUCCAUUGUCCUAAAUGUGAUACCAACAUAAUAGGUGCUGAUCUUUACAAGCAUCAUAUGAGGAGACAUGCUAAAGAAGACUCUGGACCUUACACGUGCACUUGGUGCAACACAGUUGAAGAGAAAAGGGAGGAUAUGAAGAACCAUAUCAUGAACACGCACCCUAUGAUGCCAUUGGCUGAGAGUACUAAGAUAAUGGGACAAGGGGUUGUCAUCCACAGAGAGAAGGGAGCCCCUUUCUUGGUGUGUGAGGUGUGUAAUGAAACCUUCCGCCGUAUUUGUGAUCUUCGCCGUCACAUGUGGAAACAUUCUUCUGUGAAGCGAUUUACCUGUGAUCUUUGUGACUAUGGCUCUGACAAGCGUGGAAACAUCAUAAGCCACAUGAGGAAACACUCCACUGAGAAGCAAGCAGCCUGCCAUGUCUGUGGGAAGAUGUACAAGACAAUGCAAAGCCUGAAGCUCCAUGUCCAAACUGCCCACCUGAAGUUGAAGCCACACAAAUGUGACCUCUGUGAUUAUGCUGCUGCCCAGCCAGUCCAUUUACGUCGGCAUGUUGUCCUCCACCACAACACUGGAGAGCGCCGUCGAUUCCGAUGCGCCAUCUGUCCCGACUACAGGGCAACUGAUCUGCAGGUUGUGAAACGACACUACCAGAAGAAGCAUCCCAGUCAGAAGAUGAACCUCUCCAAAUGCUGUCCACCUGAUGCAUUCAACCCAUCCACUAUGAAGAAAGACAAACACCAGGUUAUCCAGGUGGUACCAUCUGUACCUUCUCUGAAUGAAACACCCGCUGUCAAUCAUGACACACCGAUGCCGCCCGAGUCAACUCAAGAGAUGGACCAUGAGCAAGUGAACCAAUCUCAUGAAAUGGAUCCUGCUAUAGUUGAAGUACAGACAGAACAACAUCAAGAAAUUCCUCAAGACAUGACAGUUGAGGUAAUUCUCCCAGAGGAUCAAGGGCAGCUGAUUGAUAUCAAUUCUUCUCUUCCAGAUGUUAUCAAUGCUUUAGCUUCACUUCAAGAUUCUGAAAUCAUCACUCAGUAAUACCCAAGUCAAUUCCAAAAAAUUCUAAACUCAACAAAGACUGAUUUACAAUAAAACAUCAAAUUUAUAAUACUACACAGUCAAUCCAACAAAAUCUAUUCUAAACUAAACAAUGACAAAUUGAAGAAAAAAAAUUAUGUGCGUGUUCAUCAAAGUGCUGUUGGUUUGGCAAUGUGAGUCAAUUAUGACACUAGUCACAACACUAAAAUGAUAUGACUCUUUGCAUCCUUCAAGUUAAGUCCUCACUAAAUAUUACAAAUAUUGCAAAUGAUCAAACAUAAUCAGCUAUGUCAAAGACAUGAAGGUGAAACCUUCUUAAAGAUUGUAGAAAGACUGGUGUAGUAGAAGAAUAUUGAUAAGCAAUGCAAUAGAUUGUUAAUGUUGGAUAAUUAGAAAUAUGCAGGAAACAUUCUUCAUUGAAUGUCAAUUUAGUGAAAAUCUAAGACAAUCUUGAUUUUGAAAACCCAUAAAAAUUAUACACAAGACACAGAUAAAUAAUUGAGAACCUUCUUAAAAAGCCGAGGUUGUUAUUAAUUAAAAAUAAUCUCUAUGCAGUAUUGAUCAAAGAGUAUGAAAUGAUAUACAAAGAUAAAACUGACACAGAAAUGCUGUUACUUUCAGUUGCUGUUAGAAAUUUACUGAAUAUGAUGUAAAGAAGUGAAAAAAGAGAAUGCUUUUUUAUUAUUUUGUUGUUGCUACCCUUGGAGUACACAAAUGGUGCCUGUCCAUGCUGCAUUGAUUGAGCUGAAAUGAGUCAAAUCAACUGGGGUAAAAGUGUCAGUUUGUUUGGUUUGACUGGGU